GUAAAUAAAAAUGAACCCCAAUAAGAAAGUCAGAGACAUUGAAGAGACUUCAGACAUCGAUUCAGAGCUACUCUAUGAUAUAAUGAGUCCUACUCAGAAUGAUAAUUACCUCAUUAGUUCUAAAUACAAAAGAGAUUCUAGUUUCAUCAAGUCUAAUGAAGGAGGUGAAAAUAUGAGUGGAAGGAAGGAUUUCAUUCCGCCAACGAGGAAACAGUACUUGAAGCCUCCUGAAGGAUUCACCAAGCUGAGUAGCGUUCAAGAGGAAUCAGAGAGCAAAUCUGGCCUGAGCAAUCAGAAAAACUUCCUUUGUAAUAAAGAUAUUGACAACCUCGCUCUGAGUAUGAUGAAAAUGUGUAUUGAGAAUAAUGAGAAAUAGAAUUUUUGAGCUCCAGAAUGAAAACAAAGAUAAGAAUAAGAUUAUUCAAGAGCUUAUCUAUAAACUAAUGCACUGCAGCUGUGGAUGAGGAGCCAUACAGAAAGAUAAGGUGCUAAAUCCUUCUAUGGUUUGAAUCACCCCAGUGAAAUCUAUCAAAAAGUCAGAGAAACAGAAUUUCGAUUUUAGAAGGGAUGAACAAGAGCAGACUAUUAUGAAAGAGAAAUAUAAGAAAAUGAUUCAGUCUAAUGAAUUCACUGAUGAGCCUAUAGAUUUAGAACCAGAUAUGCCAUCUGUGGUCAAGGGUAGCACCACCUUCAGAGUUGGGAAAGAUACUCCAGCUCGAGUCGAGAGUAAUUUUUGUUUUGGUGGAGGAAACGUCAGGAUUAGAGCAAAGGCUUUAAAUAUGGAGAAAGUUAGCAAACUAUUCGACGAAAUUGAUGAUGACUUGAAACCAUAUGAUGGAGAAGUUGAUCAAAAAGAUCUAGAGACUCUUGAGCCUGCCAAUAGUAAAGCUUCUCCAAAGAAAUUAAGCCCUAGCUCAAAGUCUUCUUCAAAGAACAAGAGAAGAAAGGCAAAGCAAAAUGACUUUAAGUUUGUUAAUAAGCCUGUUCUCAAUGAAGAUGCUAGCUUUGCACUUUUGGGAAAGAAGAGAAAGAUGGAAAUAGAUGAAAACGAGGAUAACUCAUCUUAUGAAGGGAAAAGGAGCAAUACAUCUAAAGAUAACUCAGAGGCUAUUGUUAAUAUCUAUAAAAUUGCGAACCUUAAAGAUAUCAUAUCCAACUGAAAGGAGACUGAAAUCACUCCCAAGCACCCAGAGUUCAAUUAUCCUGUCUGAAAUUUGCUAGAACAGAAGAUGAAAGCUACUUGAAUAUGAAGAAUAGGACUUAAUAUCCUCAAAACAGACAAAGCCAUUAUUAAUUGAUUGAUUUGUCAAGGAAAAGGGGAGCUGGAAAUGAACCAAUCCUCCAAAUCUCAUCUAGAGAGAAGCCAACUUGUCAAAGUCAUAAUCCAGUGAUUAGAAGAAUACAAAUAUGAAGAUAGUCUUACUGAAGAUUGGAUUGUAAACCAACUUCAACAUAUAUUCAGAGUUUCAGAAAAUCUUUCUCUUGACUAUAUCCUUACUCAAAUUUAUCUCCGCCAUUCAAAUGAAAUGAAUAGAGGAAAACUAGCACCUCUAAUUUUAUCAAGAUGCCUAGUUAAGGACGAAUGCAUAUCCAAAUGCAUGAAUUUAUGGGUUAUUGAUAUCCAGCAUUGAAAUGAAGAAAUGACAAUCCUUAGACUUUCUGAUUAUUUCUAUUCUAUCAACAUAAUUUUCAAGCCAAAACAAUUCCCUGAUGACCAGUACUUUUUGUCUAAAAUACAUGAAGGGAGAUUCAAAGUUGGAACUAAAGUAAAAUGUCAGAACAUUGUUCCUUGAGAUAUUCCACUUGAGAAUGCACAAGAGUAUACAAAUCCAGUUGUCAAUGCUCAAAGUAGAGACACUUUCAAGCUAUGAUACAAUUCUUGUGAAAUCUUAGCUCUGGAUGAUCAAAUUGGUGAAUGAGAAGGUGCUCUUUACAAAUCAAUUGGCUCACUCAAGCAAUUAGGUGGAGCUACUUGUAACCUAAAAGCUACAAUCUUGGAUAUCCUGCCCACAUUCUACUUCGGAAUGAAAGGAAGCUACAGCAGGAAUACUCAUGAGUUCAUACAGUCUGAUAUUUAUUCGAAAAUUCAUGAUGAAAUCCAAGGUCUCGAAGAAAACAGUGAAAGAAAUGCAGACCUAAAUCUUCAAGAAAUUGAACAAAUUGUUAAGGAGAAGCAUAAAUAUGACCCAGCUCGAUCCUGCUUUGGGCUGAUUUUGAAGAAUUUUGGCGAUCAGGAAGUAGAAGACCCAAAGACAAUGCUGGUUUUAAUCUCUGAUUGGCCAGAAGAGAAGAUUUAUGAACUCAAAUCUGGAGAUGUUUUAGAUUUAAAUUAUCUUAUUUCUGAUCAAUAUGGAGCUAAUUCGUAUCCAUAUAACCUAGUUUUUAAGAUGAAUAAGAGUUCCGCCCUUUCUAAAAUUGAACUAAGUGGUGAAUCUGAGGAUAUUAAAGACUUUGGGAUUAAAGAGUAUUAUCCUGAAUUCAAAAGUAGUCAAGCUUCAUUUCAUGAGGAGAAUGACUUCGAAUACACCCCUUCAAAAUUUAUUAAUAUCACAGGAGUAGUUAUUAAGAUAUUCCAAUGAAAUGAGCCUAGAAAUUCAGCAAAGGAGAAAGAACUAAGAAGCUUAAUUAUAAUAACCAGCUGAUUAACACUUGUGAGUGUGAAUAUUCAUUCAAAUUGCUUCAUCUUAAGCAAGUUUCUCAAACAAGGAGAUGUUAUCUAUAUUGAAAAUCUUUGAUAUGAAACUUCUAACCAAUACCAUAAGGAAACUCAGGAAACAGUCUUGCUGAGAAAUAACUUUGAAAAUGAAGAUAAGUCUAAAGAAACAAUAAAUCAGUUUAAAAGUUGAAAUUUCACUACUAUUAAUAAGAGUUCUAAAAGUGAAAUAAUCAGCCAGGAUUUGAAAGAUCUCAAAGACCUGGUCUCUGAGUAUGCUAAAGAUUUGCAAAGUGGGGCUUAUAAGGAGAAAAUUAGAUCUAAUUCAAGAAGAAAGAGCUCAAAGAAAACUACAAGAAGAAGCAGAGUUUCUUCUCUAAAGUUGGAAUCAUCACAAGAUUCUGAUAAAUUCCAUAACUUAUUGAAGCUAUGCGAAGACAUGCUGGGCUGAAAGAUAGACACAUUCGAAGUGAAAGAGGUAAAGUCUAAGAAAGGAUCUCAUCGCAAUAAGUUCCUUUAAGAA